AUGAAGCAGGUCCUUCUGCGACAUGUGACAGGCCUGCUAAACGCCCUCGGAGAGGUUAGUUACCAGGCUCUGUUGCAUGUUGCAGGACGUUUGGAGAAGCUGUACAUAAAAGGUCCUUUACUUGGUAAGGGGGGAUAUGGUUCUGUGUUUGCCGGGACACGAAUGAAGGAUGGAAUGCCAGUAGCCAUGAAGUAUGUAUCAAAGGUGCAGGCAGAGGACGAGCUUGAGAUGCCAGGUCAGGGUGUGAUGCCCCUGGAAGUGGCUCUUAUGAAUAUGGUAAAUACAGCUCCACCUUGCCCCAACGUCAUCCAGCUGCUGGAGUGGUUUGACCAGCCAACCCGCUAUAUAAUGAUCCUGGAGAGGAUAGAGCCUUGUCAAGACCUCAUUGCCUUCAGCCAGGACCAUGGUGGUUGCUUAGGUGAAGGCAUCGCUCGGAAGGUGCUGAAACAACUUUUGAAUGCUCUACAUCAUUGUGAGUGCCAAGGCGUUCUGCAUCGAGAUGUAAAACCGGAAAAUUUACUCAUUCAAACUGAUUCGCAUGCGGUGAAGCUUAUUGAUUUCGGAUGUGGAGACUUGCUCCAGCGUUCGCCUUACAAAGACUUUGCAGGAACAUAUGAGUACACCCCUCCUGAGUGGUUUUUGCAGAGACAGUAUCUGGCAGGUCCAGCUACUGUGUGGUCAGUGGGAGUGACGCUGUUCAAUCUGGUAUGUGGCUUCCUCCCAUUCAACACCAAACGGGAGACAAUCAAGGGCAAUCUCUACUUCAUAAAAGGCCUUUCGUCAGAGUGUCGUCAGCUGAUCCGCUGGUGCCUAAGUGCCAACCCAGUAGAUCGUCCCACAUUGCAGCAGGUGGAGCACCACCCUUGGCUUCAGCAGAGGGGUUAA